CCUAAACGUAAUUUUCAUAUUCAUUUUGAUUUUCCUGCCUUCCCAUUUCAGAUCCUCGAGUCUUUCCAGCUUUCCUUCGAAAGAAAAAGAAAAAUGCCGGGACGAUCUUUCAAUCGGAAUUAAUGCCCCUUUUAUCUUUUGUCAAUACUGUUCCUUUGAUACUUCGAAGCACCCAGUAUAUUAUAUAUACGGUAGGUUCGAGAGACGGGAUAUUGGAUAAUGUCCGAGCGGGGAGGUUAUGUUGGAGACAGGUGCGCGACGGGCGUUUCUUCUCCGUAGGGAGGAAUCCGGAGAACGAAGUGUUAACGAAGUAACGUACAUCGCGUAACGUGUACUCCUAAGAUCCUCGAUCGAGACGAGGAAAACGAUCACGAGCGAUUCCAGCAACGGACGACGACGAGGCAAUGUCGUCGCGACGCACAUUCGUCAACUGCGACCUCGAGGAAGGCUAAAUGUCAGCAAUUACAUAAUACUUAUUUUGGCUUCCCGAAGCCAAUGGAUGCAAUCAUGUAGAGUCUAGAAGUAGAAAAGGGAAAGAUGACGCCUCAUUUUACAACGCUGACUCCAGUGCGAAAGCGAUGUCUAAUCGUGCUGUUGCUAGUCUUGGUUCCGUGCGCGAUCUUGAAUCUGCUGACGCCGUCGGACAUGCGCGAUGAAGCCAUACUGCAGAACAGCAUCGCCGAACUGCAGGCCAAACUGGAGCAUUUGCAUGCCAAAUACAUUGGCAGUCAGGAAGAAAUAAACUUGUUGUCGCAUCAGUUGCUACAGCUGAUUGAGAGCAAUCACAUUCUGCCUGAUCUGCAGCUGCUCAUCAACAACGGCACCUCCAAUGUCACCAACAUCAAGCUGCCUUCGAUCUACAAUUUUCUACCGCAUUUCCUUAAUGAUCCGAAUAGCCUGCGUCCGGCGUUUGUGCAAAGCAAAGGUAGAUCGGGAGUAAGCAUGGUGCUGGGAGUACCGACGGUGAAACGUGAGGUUCAGUCUUAUCUUAUGGCGACUUUGAAAAAUCUGCUGGAUCGUAUGAACACUGCAGAAAUCGCUGACACCCUGAUUAUCGUUUUAGUGGCUGAAACAGACACCGAUUAUGUGACAUAUGUUGCGAAGCAAAUUGAAGUUCAAUUUCCAAAUGAAUGCGAAGCUGGAGUGAUUGACGUGAUAUCACCAUCAUCAUCAUACUACCCAGAUUUAUCAAAAUUGCGCGACACUCUUGGUGACGAUCAUCAACGUGUCGUUUGGCGGUCCAAGCAGAAUUUAGAUUUUGCUUUUCUUAUGUCUUACGCCCAGACUAAGGGCACGUUCUAUAUACAAUUAGAAGAUGAUAUUUUAGCCAAGAAGAAUUUUAUAACUACUAUGAAAUCGUUCGCAUUACAGAAAAUUGGCACAAAGGAGAAUUGGUUUGUCCUCGAUUUCUGUCAGCUCGGUUUUAUUGGAAAACUAUUCAAAUGCGUGGAACUUCCCUGGCUGAUUCAAUUCUUUUUAAUGUUCCACAAUGACAAGCCCGUUGAUUGGCUAUUGGACCAUUUGAUAUCGACAAAAGUCUGCAGUCUUGAUAAGGACAGUAAACAUUGCAAAAUGGCUAAAGCAGAGUUGUGGGUGCAUUAUAAACCUUCUCUCUUUCAACACAUAGGGACGCAUUCCUCCUUGAAGGGAAAAGUGCAGAAACUCAAGGACAAACAAUUUGGCAAGAUAACGCUAUUUUACGCUCACGAGAAUCCUGAGGCAACUGUGGAGACUCAAAUCAAGCCUUACAAACAGUACACACUACAAAAAGCAUACAAAGGCGAGUCGUUCUUUUGGGGCUUGCUACCUCAACCGGGAGACCAUCUAAAGUUUAAAUUUUCACGUCCUAUUUUUAUAAAGAAGUACUUAUUCAGGAGUGGAAAUCCUGAACACCCGUCUGAUAGAUUUUACAAUACGACGGUAGAAGUAUUGUCCGAGAUGUCUCCGUUGUUGGAUAGAAACAGCAACGAUGUGACGGAGGAUGGUUAUAUUAUUAUAGGUAAGUUUGAUGUACUUGGUGUCGCCGAAGGGACCGUGGAUCGAAAACUGGGCAAGGUGUCGGUGCUUCGUUUAACUAUACACAGUGAAAGCGAAAACUGGGCCAUUCUGUCCGAGAUUCACAUAAUAGAGGAUCAGCCAAGCUGACUAAAAAACGGAGAUUCUCGAAUGCUCUUUCGGUACCGCCUGCACGGUUAGCAUAAGCGACUGAUUUUACAAAUAUUUAUUAAUUUAUAUAUAUUUUUUAUUUUGCUGUCAUGUUAUUAUGUUGAGUGGAUCAGUUGUUAAUUCAAUGCCGUCCAUUACGAAGAGAUAAAUAUGUUUUAACGAAUAUGUUUAUAUAAUUGAAGCCAGCCUUUAGGUCGGUCGAGCAUUUUGUAUAGUUUUUUUUCCCCAGUAUUUUUUGACGUUAAAGCGCAAAAAUUAGGUGAUAAUGUAAUGGAUUUACCUCUGCUAUUUUGUGAAUUAUAUUCGGUUUACAAGUAAUGGCAUAUUGUUGAGCCUGGAACUAUAUAGCGGUUUUUUUUUCUCUCUGUAAGAUCGUGUUUAAUUUGGGAAAUUAACUGAACUGUACCUGUUGUCUGCGUGUAUUCGCUCUCGAUGUUCGCUACUAAUUCACUCGCGUGUAAAUCCUUUCGCAUGCAACUUUAUGGUUCACAUUGAGAUAAAAAAGAGAAAAACCCUUCAAUUCGUAUUGCUAUAAUUGUCAAACAUGCGACGCGAUGAUGUCGACUCAUCAUGGUUGUUCGACAAACAAACGGUGAUAUGAAGACUAUAUUCUUCUAAUGUACGAACAAUUAUUUAUUUCGCGUAGCUUUAUAUAUGUAUAUAUAUAUAUAUACUGUCUGUCUGUAUGCUCCUAUACAUAUAUCAAUAAUAAUAAAAAUAUAUUUUUGUGACAAACAUUGUAUAUCAAAGUCGACGAUACAUUAUAUAUUUUAUCUUGCAGUCUGUAUACAAUGAAAUUUAUUAACUGGGAAUAUAAAAAAAGAAUAAUCCUA